AUGGCGCCCAUGGAUGACCUAAAGGCCCAUGCGGCCUCGUCGCAGGACUUUUAUGGCCUUCUUGGCAUAUCUUCUGCUGCUGCGGAUACUGAAAUUCGACGCGCAUACCGAAAGACAGCUUUGAAAUAUCACCCUGAUAAGCUACAGAACCCUACCCCAGCGGAUAUCGACAAGUUUCAUUUGCUCCAGAUUGCUUAUGAUGUCUUGUCCGAGCCAUCUGUGCGGCAGCUUUAUGAUGAUGCUCGAGAAGCAAGGGAGCGGAAGAAAAGAGAAAAUGAGAUGCUUGAGGGUGUGCGGCGGAAAAUGAAGGAAGACUUGGAAGCCAGGGAGCGCGGAAUGAAAAGGCCAUUUGGUGCCACGGGUCUGGAUGCUACUGUUGAUCUCGACAAAGCAGAAGCAAUACUAGAGUUGGAAAUUAAGCGGCUAGCAGAAGAUGGGAGGAGGCGAAGGCAGCAAAAGGAGGAGCUAAUGAGACGAGAGAUUCUAGAGGAAGAAGAAAGGCUUGAACAAGCUAAAGAAGAAAAAAAGCGGUCCGAUGAUGCAGAUAAGACAAGCCGAGAACCUUCUGGUGGCAUUUCCGUCGCCGAAAUUGACCGAACGGUCAAGGUCCGUUGGGUUCGUGAAGGCGCGGGAUUGAGCCUCGAUAAAGCUCGACUGGAAUCAUUAUUCUCAGCAUUUGGGAAGGUUGAGAGUGUUUUCACAUUAAAAGACAAGAAACAGCCCUCUGGAAAGAAAAAAGAAAGGAAAAUUAUUGCUACGGGUGUUGUUGUCUUUUCAUCCAUCGCUGGUGCGCAUGCCGCUGUAGAGGACAGCAAUAGAAAAAAUGGGGAGGAAUGGGACAUUAUCGACUCUGUAUCCUGGGCUUCAAAUAAAGAGCCUGAUCUUGAAUCGCAUCGCACUAGGCUGCCUGUUCAAGUGGAGCCAACGACCGUACCCCCCGAGACUGCUUCCUCAACGACAAUAAGACCAAGUGCCGUCAAGUUUCCCGGCCUCAACUCCUCUACUAAACCCACUAGCGGUGACAGAAAACCCCCUUCCUUUACUUCUUUCUCUACACCUAACACCUCUUCAGAUGCAGGGUCUAAUCUAGGCCCGAAUAGUCCAAGCUUGGAAGAAAUCACCCUAAUUCGUCUGAAAAAUGCAGAGAAGAAACGUACCGAGGGGCUGGUGAAAGAGGGUAAGGAAAGGAUGCCUACAAAUCCUACAAUAUAA